AUGCCACUCAAUACCUUCGGAACAACUGCUCGGCGGCCCGGAGAAAUCCCGUCUUCUGGCACCAUUACCAUCGCCAUAUCUAGUCUCCGUCGUGUCCGCGUUCAUCCUUCUACCACCAUUGAGCCUCCGCCCUUGAACUCUCGACACGAGUUGGUUGAGGUUCGGGUGCAGCCCACUGUCGCAGGAUAUGAACAAUGUGUUCGGCGUAGCAUGGCGCGUUCCAUGCCCUGGGCUUCGUCCCUCAAACUUGCUCCCGUCGAAACCCACGUCGCCACGUUUAUUCGGCUGCAUUUCUCCCUCUCCACGAGUUUCGGUCAAUGUACCCAGGCGCCCCGUCAGCAUUCUGGGCCCAUUGCCCUUUUCAAACCGUUCCUUGUCGCCUCGUGCAUCGAUUCAAUCACCUUUCUCGCUCUCCCUCGCUCGCUCGCUGAGAUAAAUGCGAUCUUUGGUCAUGGCGCGAGGCUGUCCCUCCAUAUGGGAAAUCGCGUGCUUGCUGUACUGCACGGCAGACGUCUCAAUGGCACUCCUGAACUAGAUCUCCCUAAGGAUAUUACAUCGGCCGUCCGCGGACCGAGUCGGGACAAAGCCUUGGAGUGGCUUCGCGAACACUAUCCACUCGAUGAGGACGCAGCUAUACUGGCCCGGUUUGAAAGAGAGGCGCGCGAGGAGGAACAAAAACUCAUUCGACGCGCUGAAAACUUAGGUCUCUACAAGCCCCAGAGUGGCUCCUUUGGGGCAGAACUUGGAGAGUCGAACGACCCAUCCGGCCGAAGUAUCUUGCAAGAGACCAGACAGCGAAACGAGGCGAGGAUCUUGGCAGAGGAAGAAGAGCGACGUCAAAAAUGGCUCGAGGGCGAGGAACAGGAACGUGAGAAGAUGCAGCAAAUGGUCAAACGCAACACAGAUCUUCAAUUAUAUGAAGACUCAACGGCAUUGGAAGCCCGACCGCGUGCAGAUCCAUCUCAGCGUCCUUUCCUCGCAUGGAUACAGAAGCAUCACCUCCGAGCAACAGACUGGGAUAUGGAUAUAUCCCAUGUCACCACCAGCAGCCGGUUGCUUCCAGCUCUUGCUUUCACCGUCGUUUCCCUCGGCCUUUGCUACCUCUUCGCACUAAACUACGAACCUCCAGCAAAGGCAGACCGAAUCUGGCCUACGAUACCUCCGGCGGCAGCCACAGUCAUCACUAUCAUUGGCGCUAACGUUGGCAUAUACGCCCUAUGGACUCUAUGUCCCCCGGCGUGGAGAAUGCUUAAUCGAUAUUUCAUAACUGUCGCCGCUUACCCUCGUACCGCUAGCUUGGUGGGAAAUACCUUUAGCCAUCAAUCGAUCAAACAUCUGGCCGCAAACAUGUUGGGCAUUUGGAUUGUGGGAACCCGGCUCCACGAUGACAUUGGCCGAGGGAACUUUUUGGCCGUAUACUUUGCCUCCGGCAUCUUUGGUUCUUUCCUCUCGUUAACAGUCAAUGUACUCAUGGGUAGAUUAACCCUAACUGCGCUUGGAGCUAGCGGAGCACUCAGUGGUAUCCUUGGCUCUUUAUGCACACUUCACCUCAACGACUCCUUCACUGUUUUCUUCCUCCCCAAAGAAUGGCAGGAGGUUGUAUCUGCCCCGGGAUAUGUCCUCCUUGCGGGCCUUGUCCUUUUCGAUAUUGUUGGUAUGAGAGCUAAAGCAGUUCAAGUGGACUACUGGGCCCACCUUGGCGGGUUUCUUGUUGGAAUUCUCUGGGCCGCAGCAUAUAAGCGACAAGAAAAAGAGCGUUUCAGAAACCGGUCUUGGUUUGAACGGUAUCUUUGGGGCGAAUAA